AUGGCUGCGCAUGUUGCAGACCUUUGCUCCCGGGGCAUGAUCGGCGAUGACAUGGCUGUUGAACUCUUGAGACCUUCCUCGAAUCCUACGUACUCGUCUCAUUACCUUGCAUCACACCCUGAUCAUACAAGUGAGCAACCGGAAAUGACCAGUCUCGUCACAGCAGAGCGCCAUCGGGCGAAACGAGACAAGGAGAUGGAGCAGUUCCUUGAGGACUUCAAAGCUGGAAGAAUCGACGAAUGGGCUAACGCUACUGCACCGAAGCCCACCGCCGGGACUGAGCAGCCAGCUGUCGAAGAGCAUUGCAUUGACUUAGUGGCUGUGACGAUCGGUCAUAACGAAAGUGAUGACGAGAGCUCGGAGUUGACAGAUGCAAGCGUCAGCCAAAUGCAGCUCGAGAAACCUGAAGCCUCACCACACAAAACCUCAUUACCAGAAUCAUCGGCACCAGCGCCAGCAUCGGAGCCAGGUUCGGCUACCAUACCACCGAAGACACAAACAAGGAGGCAAGAGAUCAAAUCCGAACCCCUCAAACACAGUCCUGGUGCCCUCGACUACUCUGGGUUUAAGUACGGCGAGCUCGUCGCCGAGUGUCGAAGGCGCAAGAUCCUGGGUGAUGGCAGUUCGCAAACAGUUCGCAACCGCCUGAUACAGGAUAACAUCAACGCCAGGCAGAGUCUACCAAGGGCGUUCAUCGGGUAUAAGGGAAAUCUCAGAGACAGUCAUAAGCAUAGAACACUUGCUGCGAUGCAAGGGGCUGUUGAGUAG